AUGACAAAGCGAAAACGGGUUUGGGCCGAUGAGGCGCCGGACGCCAUGCCGGAUGCGAGUUCGUCUGUUGAGCUCCCCGAUGCGAAAGACCCGGCGGUGCUGGAUGUUUUGCCGGGGAUUACCCGUAAGAUCACUGCUUGUGGAGCCUGUAGGAAGCAAAAGAUCAAAUGUGAUAUGACCAAUGGACCACCGUGUACUCGAUGUCGCCGGCGGAGCCUGUCAUGUGUGUUGAAUAAGAGUCUGCAGUCAUUGGUGGAAGAGGUGAAGAAUACCGAGCAUCUCCAAACCGAUAUCUGCGGGAUACACGAAGUAUUGGGAAACAUUUGCCAACAUCUCAACUUGCCUUUGCCCAGAGCACUUGUAUCAUCCGGUGAUGCACCUCAAAGCGAAAGCAAAGCCGACCACAACGACGAAUUGGAGCGCGAUGCAGAAGAUCUCGAUGGUUGUGAAAUAUCUCCACCCGAUACUCCCUCUGGGGUUCAAGCACCUAUCGACACGUACUUGGACAUAGCUAAACUUGGAAGCCCUGGAUCAUCCGCCAAUACUCCUCCGAGUGUGACACGUCAAAGACAGAAUUUACCACAAGAUCUUGUCACCAAGGGCGUCAUCAGCUUGAGCGUGGCGGAAACCCUCGUUGAGCGAUAUUACACCCGACUAGACCCUUAUCUAUAUGGGAUUUGCAGCGGGUAUCGCAGCCUUCAGCAGAUCAAAACAGCCUCGCCGUUACUAUUUGCCGCCGUCUGCACUGUCUCGGCAUUACAAGAUCCACAAGGUCAAUCACUCUACGAAGCAUGUAACCGCGAGUUCCGGCGACUGAUGUCGCGGUCGCUAUUCGAGAAACACGAUCUGGAACAUGUUCGUGCCCUAUGUAUAAGUUCAUUUUGGCUCUCCGAUGCUUCAAGAAUCCUUUCCGGUGAUGCUAUUCGCCGUGCAGCCGAUAUGCGAUUACAUCGCAGCUUCGAUCAUCUCUCUAACCCAGGCGCUCCCCGAUCAACGCCAACCCAUAAUUCGAAUUCACCAAUUCCGACACAUAACGAUACAAUCGCAGUCAAAGAUCGCGUCAGGCUGUGGUACCUCAUUUUCAUUACCGACCAACACCUCUCCAUUCUUCACAAUCGUGAUCCCCUUCUUCGCAGUGACAAAGAAAUUGCGUUGAGCUGGGAAAGCUUUCUGGCUCGCGAGGAUACCACUGACUCCGAUAUCCGACUCAUUUCACAGGUCGCACUUUUGGUCAUAAUGAGCCAGAUUCGCGACCUACUAGGCUCGGAUCAGGAGUCCCGCGUACCACAAUCACUAUCGAACCAGAUCAUACAUUAUUCCCGCCAACUGGAUCGAUGGUUCAAUAAGUUCUCUGCAAUAUUCAAGCCGGAUCCGUAUAUCGGCGACUUUCCCAAAAGUGGUCUCCAACUUCAUUACCAUUUCGGCAAGCUCUAUCUUGGGCAUCAGGUCUUUAAAGGAUUAAAUGGAGAAGCAAUCCCUCCGCAUUUUUUGACGGCAGCGAGCAUGGCUCAUGAAGCAGCCGUCGCAAUCUUUGAAAUGAUCCUGCACGAAGAGAAUAUCCAACACAGCCUAGUUGGAAUGCCGCAUUAUUUCCACAUCAUGAUUGCGUUUGCGGGCCAUUUCCUGCUGGAAGUCACGAAAAACUAUCACACACAACUUUCGAUUGCACCUAGUCAAGACUUUGAUUUAAUUCGCAAGGUAUUAGGUCUGUUCCAGGCUAUACCGAGCGUUCAGCAGCAUCCCAUUUGUCGGAUGACACCCGGUCUUACGCGGAAGCUACACGAAUGUGUUGCAUCGCUACAGAGAGAUGGGGAAAUAAUCGUUCCUCCACUUCCGAUGUCAGCUGAUGCGAUGGGCUACCAAGAGAAUCUUGAAGGCGACAUGCAUGCUACAGGAUCAUUCCAAUUUCCCGGAGAAUCGCUUGUUACACCUGUAGAUGACUUUAUGUUAGCCGAUUUUGGAGAAUUUACGUUCCCAGGAAUGAUGUCUAAUGGUAUGACUUAG